AUGAAUAUUCAUAGGUCAUUUUGGACUAAAGAAUCUUCCAAAAAAUCAGAUAGUACUAGUAACCAAGGAUCGGAUAGUAAUCAAGAAGAAAUAGAAGUAGUAUCAGAAGUUUUGCAAAUUACAAUACUAUUAGAAGAUAAAAGUCGAAAGAAACAUGUUAAAACAUAUAGCAAACAAUCAAAGCAAA